CGAUAUCCACAUGCCAGUGUGAGUACUAGGAAAGUAUUAAUUGAUCAUGCAUACUUCUACAUUUCUGUUGACCACUGUAUUACAAGCUUCGCACACAUUUGCUACGACUUGCAUAUAUGCUACGAUCUCAUCCAUACCUUAUACCGUUCUGUUCGGGGUUUGCGGGUCGUGUGACGGGGAAGUAACCGGUCGUACGCGCUGGUGGUUUUUUCUUGAUGCCGGGGAGUCGUGCAUUCUCCUCUUUCUCGAACAUCGUGCUAGUCAAUUCUUUCAGGUAUUCUUUAGCAUCGGAUAUGUAUUAGUACUCACUAAAUGGUCAUCUCUUUCAGUAUUUGUGUAUUUGUUGUUGUUUGAGUCGCACCCCAAUUCUGAGGUGUUUGACACCCUGCGAACCUUAGUUACAGUAUUCUCUGACUCCCACGUUAGUGGAGGAGCUGGAGGGCUUAAUCGAACACAAAAUUACCUCUCUGUGUUUCUCUGCACUUGAUUCGGAUUUCUUGGGAGUCUCUGUGUGUCUGUCUAUGCCACCUACCCUCAUCUCAGCCGUGCUAUACCUCUGCUCCAUAUCGUUUCUGAAACAAAGGGAAUAAAAAUAUCUUCGACUGGGCCUAUUAGCAU